GCGCCCUUCUCUCUUUAAUUUAGAUCUCCCUUCUCUUUUUCUUUGAUUGAUCUAAAAUUUCUUAUGGGGAAUCAUGAUCCUACGAUGCCAAGCUUCAAGCUAUUAUCUGAUAGUGAUGAGGAGGGAUUGGCUCUUACACCUGUCCCAACUACUUCGAAGCCUUCAAUCCCAGAUUAUGGCUCUGGGGAUAGUGGAUCUGGAACCUCUGAUACAGAUCCAACAUGGUGGUACCGGAAAAAAUAUCUAGGGGGUGACUUUUUCCCUUCAGAGGAAGAAGAAGGUUGUGUCGAAGAUGGCAAAGAGGAUGAAGAUGAUGAAUCUGUUACCUCAGAACAGAUCCUGGCCAUGUCUGAUACAGAAAUUGUUUUCGAUGAGCCAUAUGGAGAUGAGGCGAAGGCACUUCGCUAUAGGAAGAGAACUAAAAGAUCAAAUGGCAUCAAGGAUGUUCAACGCAGGAGUGACCGAGGGACAAUCAACCACGAGGCCACCUUUGUUCAAUGGAACAAACUACUCGUAUUGGAAGGAGAGGAUGAGAAUCUUUAUCCAAUCCAACGACUACAAGCUGUGGUUGAUUGUGAAGAACGGCUGUGGAGUCCCGAUGAAAAAGUCGGUGAAGUCAACGUCCCCAAAACCGAAGAGGAGUUCACUGACGAAGAUUGCAAAAAGAUGGAGCUCAACGCAAAGGCAAUAAACAUGAUUUAUUACGGUGUUAAUGCGGAUGACUAUCGUAAAAUCUCGCGGUGUGAAACCGCAAAACAAAUGUGGGAGAAAUUGGAGGUCACCUAUGAAGGAAUCGCGCAGGUUCGGGAGGCCAAAAUCGACUAUCUUACUCACGAGUACGAACUCUUCUCAAUGAAGGAAAACGAGAAGAUUGAAGAAAUGUUUGAGAGGUUCUCUAACAUCAUCAAUCCUCUCAAUCUUCUCGGGAAGACCUACACCGACCGAGAACUCGUGAGAAAGGUGCUGCGAAGUUUAUCCCCCAAAUGGCGUUCAAAGGUGGACGCAAUCGAAGAAGGUCGUGACUUCCAAACAACGACCUAUGAUGCUCUUCGAGGUAAUCUUAUUACCUACGAAACCACCCAACUCUCAAAGGUGGUUGAAGAGAGGAACAAGAGGUCUAUUGCUCUACCCGCAACAACGUCAACCCACAACAACAUUGAUGAUGAAGAUGAUGACAGCGACGACACCGACCUCGGACUCUUUGUCCGAAAAUUCAAGAAGAUGAUGCUCAAGAAGGGAGCCAAGAAAAACACUCCACCCAAGUGCUAUGGGUGUGGUGAAAUUGGGCACAUCAAACCAAUGUGUCCGAAGCUCAAAAAUGAGAAAGACAAGAAGGCACCGAAGAAGCAACGUGCCUACAUUUCUUGGGAGAACGACGGCUCCGGGAGUGAAGACUCGGAAACGGAGGAAGUGGCCAACUUAUGUCUCAUGGCCAUUGAAGAUGGUGACACAUCAAAAGAGGGCUUUUAUUACAGAGGAAGGAUGCCAAGGUGCAAGAACGCUUCAUCGCGUCAAGAAACGGCGGCAGAAGAGGGUGAGAGGCCAUGGCGUCGUGAAGGGGGCAAGUACAUCCACAUACAAACCGGACUAGCCUUCAACACUGGGGCUUCAGCAGAGAGGUUCCACAACAUCUUUCUGACAAAGGAAAUCGUCUCACCAAAGAUUGUGGACAUGGACCUCUUCAAAUCGGCAACCUAUGCCCCGAGUAAGUCUCUUUUUGCUCAACAAGGUUUGCUUCGUUUCAUUCACUUGACGUAUGAAUUCUUUUGUCCAAAUCUUAUACGUCAAUUUUAUGCAAAUCUUCGUACCACUAAGGGAGACUCGUCAUCUCUCGUUUCCUAUGUUGACGGCAAAAGCAUUGAAAUUGAUAGUGCCGGUUUGACCUCUCUCUUUGGCCUUCGCCGAGGUGAAAUUACUGAAAACUUGGAUGAAACAUUCCAAGAUAAGGAAAUUUGGCGACUACUCGGGUUAGACUCUCGUGACCUCAAAUUUAGAAACUCUAGCAACCCGAGUGUCAUCAAUCUCACUUUGAUUCAACGUGUUCAACAAUACAUCUUUUCCUAUGUUUUAUUGCCCCGUGAUUCGAACCAUGGCGUUGUCAACAAGGAUGAUAUUCGUUUGUUUCACGUCCUGUUGAACAAUGUCAAAUUUGAUUGGGUUCACUUCUUUGUCGUUGCACUUAGUGAUGGUACUCGUUUUUCCCAUCUCCGUUUUGCCAUCCCGAUCAUGCAUAUCCUUGCUCAUAGCAAAGUGGAUUUUACUCGGGACACUCAGGUGCCGGUUAAGAAGACUUGUUUCAUCACUGAAGCCAUGUUUUCCCGGAUCGUAUACCGUGAGGAGGGCGAUGCUGCACCAAAUCUGGACCUGAUAGUCACAGAAGAAGAAGAGAGCCAAAGCGAGACUCAAGCUGAGUCAUCUCAAGCCGGAGGAAGUCGAACCAUGAAUCGCGUCACUCGUCAACGCAAGACUCGUCCGAGAGAAGAAGCACCAGAACCUUCUUGGGUGAAGAGGAUCCUUGAUACUCUCACAUGCAUCCGAGAUGACGUUCGCCAGCUCAACGAGAGGAUGACUCGUUUCGAGCAUUCCCGCUCUUACCGUGGCCCGCGUCACAGCUUCAGCGGAGGAGCUCGUCCAGCGAACUCUCUUUGAUUAUUUUCUCUUCUGUCUUAACUUAUUAUGAUACAUUGCUAUUUGCUAUUGUUGUUAUAACUCUUUUGGUGGAUGAUGAUGUUGCUAAUCAUGCAUUUGUUUGUUGAUGUCUGAAUGGUUAAGAGAUUUGCCUCUGAAUGGUUAAGUAUUAUACAGAGUCUGAAUGGUUAAGACCUCUUAUCUGAAUUGAUCAGACAUUUGCCUCUGAAUAGUUAAGCAAUAUACUAGCUCUUAAUGGUUCAGACCUCUUACUGGUUCAGCACUUAAUGAUUCAGACCUCUUACUGGUUCAGCACUUACCGAUUCAGAAGUUGCCAAACAGCCCCUUACUCUUUUCGCCCUAUAAAAUUUCUUAUGCUUU